CAGAUUCGUACUGGUGGCCUGGUGGCCUGGUGGCCUGGUGGCCUGGUGGCCUGGUGGCCUGGCAAGGUAGCCUACGCUGGCUAGAGCUUGUGGCCUUGGCCCUCAGGCUCUAAUGCAAAGCACGUGAGGCGGUGAUGCGUUGUUGGCCGCAGCGCCAAGGCCGGCACGGAUGGCGACGACGACAGCUUCCCAGCUGCUGCUCAUCUCAUCACAACUUCACGCCUUCCAUCCUCCUCCCAUCAUCCACCGAGCUUGCGCCCCAUCCCCCAGUACCUCUACAUCGAAUUUUGUCCGCCUCUAGUCUGGCAGUUAUAUUCCAUACAUAAUACUCGCCCUGUGUCUUUAAUUCUCUAGGACUAUGGGUAACCAGCAGUCCAACAUUGGCGGAGGUCCCGGUGGGGAUGGAAGAGAUGACAAGGACAAGAAGAAGGAUAAGCCCAGAUACGAACCACCUCCCCCCCCUACCACUCGCCUCGGUCGCAAGAAGCGCAAGGCCGCAGGCCCCAGCACGGCUUCCAAGCUCCCCGACAUCUUCCCGACGUCACGAUGUAAACUACGAUACCUCCGCAUGCAGCGGGUUCACGAUCACCUGCUGCUAGAAGAAGAAUACGUCGAGAACAUGGAGCGUCUGCGCAAGACCAAGGCCCAGGCUGCACUGGAUACCGCCAAUCGAAGCGACCUCGAGCUCGCGGACAGAAACGCAGAUGAGAGAAGCCGGGUUGAUGAUAUGAGAGGCAGUCCCAUGGGCGUCGGCAACUUGGAAGAGCUGAUCGACGACGAUCACGCGAUUGUCUCCAGCGCUACUGGCCCCGAGUACUACGUCUCGAUCAUGUCGUUCGUGGACAAGGACUUGCUUGAGCCGGGUGCCAGUAUCCUUCUACACCACAAGUCGGUCUCCGUGGUUGGUGUGUUGACUGAGGAGUCCGACCCUCUCGUCUCCGUGAUGAAGCUCGACAAGGCACCGACCGAGUCUUACGCAGAUAUUGGUGGUCUUGAGACCCAGAUUCAGGAGGUCCGCGAAUCCGUCGAACUUCCGCUGCUCCACCCGGAGUUGUACGAGGAGAUGGGUAUCAAACCGCCUAAAGGUGUUAUCCUGUACGGUGCCCCCGGUACCGGAAAGACCCUGCUGGCCAAGGCUGUCGCCAACCAGACCAGUGCCACUUUCCUUCGUAUUGUUGGCAGUGAGCUUAUCCAGAAGUAUCUUGGAGAUGGUCCGCGCUUGGUUCGACAGAUCUUCCAGGUUGCGGCUGAACACGCCCCAUCCAUCGUGUUCAUUGAUGAAAUCGAUGCUAUUGGUACGAAGCGUUACGACUCCACAUCCGGCGGUGAGCGAGAAAUCCAGCGUACCAUGCUGGAGUUGCUUAACCAACUGGAUGGUUUCGACGACCGCGGUGAUGUCAAGGUGAUCAUGGCCACCAACAAGAUCGAGACUCUGGAUCCCGCUCUGAUCCGUCCGGGACGUAUUGACCGAAAGAUUCUCUUCGAGAACCCCGACCAUGACGUCGACUUGGAUGAGUUCAUCAACCAGAAGGAUGAUCUUUCUGGUGCUGAUAUUCGGGCCAUUUGUACCGAGGCCGGUCUCAUGGCUCUGAGAGAACGCCGGAUGAGAGUGCAGAUGGACGACUUCCGCGCCGCCAGGGAGCGCAUCAUGAAGACUAAGCAGGACGCCAAAAUGGAAGGAUUCGACGAGGAAGCCUUUAAAAAGUUCUUUCCAACUAGCUUCGGCCGGCAGGAGAAGAAAACCGAUGUGAGCACUCAGAUCGAUCGCACCAAGCGCACCGAGGUAGCUGCGAAAGUCGACAGCGAUGACGAGAAGACGCGAUCGAACACCGAGGUCACUCCCGAAGAGCCAACCAUUCCUGAACCGGCGGACCGCGAGGUGAGGCCUGAUAGUAACAAUGGAAGCGACGAUUCCGACUCCGACGACUCCGACUCUGAAGACGACGAGGACGAGUUUCCGGUCUCCCAUGAGAUGCUACUCAAGACCCAUGACCGGGCAGUGACUACAUUGACCGUUGACCCGGCGGGUUCGCGGUUGAUCACUGGCUCCACGGACUGCACGAUCAAGUUGCACGAUUUUGCCUCGAUGACGCCGUCGACUAUACGCGCCUUCAAGUCCGUCGAUCCGUCUGCGAAGAAGCAGUCGGCCGCCCAAGAAGCACACUCCGUACACUACGUCGCAUUCAACCCACUGGCCCCGACCUAUGUGAUGGUUGUCUCCGCUACAGCGCAGCCGAGGAUUCUGAAUCGCGAUGGUGAGACGGUUACUGAAUUUGUCAAGGGUGACAUGUAUUUGAGGGACCUACACAAUACCAAGGGCCAUAUUUCGGAGGUCACCAGCGGAGCAUGGAGCCCGACCGAUGAGAAUCUAUGUGUGACGGCUGGAACGGACAGCACAGUGCGCAUCUGGGAUGCUAAUGUAGGAAGGACACAAAAGGAAGUGAUUGUGCACAAGUCCAAGAUGGCUGGAUCCGCUGGUCGGAGCAAAAUGACAGCCGUCGCGUGGGGCUCGCCCAAACAAGGAGGCCCUAAUGUUCUGAUCGGUGCUGCCCUUGAUGGGAGCUUGAUGAUGUGGGGUGGUGAUGGGCCAUUUACCCGUCCAAGUGGUGAGGUUCGGGAUGCUCAUACCAAGGACACCUGGACGAGCGGCGUCGACAUCAGCUCCGAUGGCAGGCUGGUAGUCACUAAAGGUGGCGACGACACCAUCAAGCUUUGGGACACGAGAAAAUUCAAGAAACCGAUUACGACUGUAUCCCAUCCGUCUAGUACCCGCUUCUCGACUUCGAACAUCAUCUUCUCACCCUCCUCGGCGAAUGUGCUUACUGGCUCCGAAACUGGCCACUUGCAUAUCUUGAACCCUGCUACGCUGAGGCCAGAACUAGUAACGCCGAUUACUCCUGGAUCCCCGGUCAUCACUGUCCUAUGGCACGAAAAGAUGAACCAGAUCCUUACCGGUUCUGCCAAUGCCGAGACGCAUGUUCUCUACAACCCGAAUAUGUCGACUAGGGGCGCGGCCUUGGUUAUGUCCAAGGCGCCGAAGCGCCGUCACAUCGAUGAUGACCCUAGUCUCACUAUGGAUCUCAGCCAGGGUCUCUCGGGAGACUCUGUUGUAGUGGGUUCGAACGGAGUUCCUCACUACAGCUCGUCUACUUGGUCUGCCCGCCAUCCGACCAUUGGGUUGACGGCUUCAGGACGCCCCAAGGACCCUCGCAGACCGUACAUGCCGGCUGCGACUCCGUUUGCCAAGUCGCAACCGGACGAGAAGCAUAUUCGAGAUAACAUCCCUCUCAGUUCGAUGCGGGACGAAGAUCCUCGGGAGGCCCUGUUGAAAUAUGCAGACAAGGCCGAAAAGGAUCCAAUUUUCACCAAGGCGUGGAAGGAAACACAACCCACGCCUAUCUAUCGGGAGCUCAGCGAUGAUGAAGAACAGAAGCCAGAGAAAAAGCGGGCAAGGAGGUAAUCAGCAUGACAGGCUCUAAUUGUCGGUCUUCUGUAAUGUCUUCGAAAUAAUUUGAAACCUUUGUAUAUAUCCCAUAUGACAGAUGGCGUUUGGAGGGUGCAACGGGAAAUUCAUCAAAAGCGAGCAAUCAUUCUAUUUAAAGCCCUGUAAAGAUGAUGAUGAUUGGGGAUCUGUCAAUCCGGAGUCACAG